AUGCAAAAGGUCACUGUGACAAGAGAGCAAGGUGGUAUCAUCUGCCUAGAGAUAUCUGCAGCUAAGAUUCAUGGGUGGAUCGUUUACGGCAAUAAAAAACAGAAGGGGUCCCAAAAUAUAACCCGGAGGAAUCUCGCAGUUGUUGAGGACGAUGGAGGACCAUUUGCAAUCAACAAUCAACUAUUUGACACAACGUUAUCGUUGCGGAAUGAAAAUCUACAUCUCAACAUCCAAAUAGAGAAACUGAGACAAGGUAGUCAAUCUCCCGGGGCCCACGGCAGUGGAGGGGACUUCACCAAGAUAUCUGCCUUGGAACACAAGAUUCUUAGUCAGCAAGAGGAGCUGACGGAGCUGCACAAGCGGAGGAGCGAGAACGCUCAGUUGAUCAUUGAUCUCAACAACAAACUGCAGGAGAAAGAAAAACAUAUUUCUAGACUCGAACUUAGUCUCAAUGAAAAUGGCAGAGUUUUGACAAGCUUGAGAGCAGAAAUAGAAAUGUACCAGAAGAGCAACAAAGACCUGGAAGCUUUGAACCAAGUGCUCAGAGAUGAACACCAAGCUCUUCAUCUGAUGUAUACACAUCUUGAAAACAAACUGAGGACUGUUCAAGAUGAGAACCGGGAGAUUGUGGAUCGGUUAAAGCAGUACAAGUCCAAAGAUGCUGAGAAAAUGAAUGAAGAAAAUGAAAACUUUGUGAGAAAAAAGAACGCCAAGAUGCAGAAGGAGCUGGAGGACGCAGCCAAGGACAUGCGUGGACUUGCGCCUGACUUGUACGCUCACAACAUCGGCCCCGCACUGCUCUGUGCCUCGGUGCCGACCAAGCCUUCAAUCAAGUUUGACGCUCACGAGAGUGAAGUGAGUGCUGUGAGAUGGAGUCCCGUGGACCAUGUAGUGGCGACCGGAGGCGCAGACAGACGAGUCAAACUGUGGGACGUGUCCAAAGGUAACAUUCCACCUUCUCCCACCCACCUAGCUUAGCAUGGCAACAUCCACUCACUUCACCGCCAUCAUGAUCAUGUUCUACCACCCAGUGCCAUCUUGAUAUGAAUGUUUGUAUUAACUGUUGUGGUAUUGCUGCUAAGGUGUAGGCGUAGGUGAAGCAGUUUGUGUGGAUUUUUAACAUUUUGUUAGAGGAUUUUACCAAUUGGGGAUGUGAGGAAAAACUGUGAUUUAGCAUUUGGUUUAAUAGAAAUAAUAUAGCCUAGGUUUUGUUGGUGUGAAAUUUUUCCAUAUGAUUUGGAAACAGUGUAAAAUUCUUCAAAGCUAUUCAUUUUAUUUAUUUACCAUCACAAUUUAAAAUACUUGUUAUUUUAAAACUUAAGGGAAUUAUUUAAAGAAAUGACGUUUAGUGAAAU